AUGUCCAUCAGUGCCGCCGCUCUCUUCUUGCGAUCCGUCCACCUUCGUCACUACCGUCUGCUACACCGGAUGCAAAUGGACGCCCGACUAAAUGGAGGAGAGCCGUUGGGAGGCAUCGCGGCUCUUCAGCCAUUGAUGGUCAAGCUUCCCAAUUGGAUCAAAAAGAAAAAUUACAUCUACUGUAAGGCGGGGACUGUGUUCUUAUUAUCACCCCGUUGCCGGCUAAAUAUGGGCGUUAUUUGUCACCCGAGCCUCCAGUUCUUGAAGAAGUGUAACGGAAACGCCAUAACCGCUCGCCUCAAAACGCAGUCUUUCAGCUCCACCGCCGCCGGCCAGCAGCUUGAAAAUAGCACCAUGGUGACGGAGAUAGCCACUUUUCUCGAGCAGCAUAACUGGCAGCACCUCAUCUGGUCGUCGCCAAUCCGGCCGAAGCUGAACGCGGAGUUGGUCCACUCCGUUAUCAGACAGAACCCAGUGAAAGACCCUUUACGCUUACUAGGUUUCUUCAAUUGGACACAUUAUCACCUAGGUAUCCCUCGAAAUCUCUCAUCAUUUUCGAUUCUCGCGUUGACUCUCUGCGACGCUCGGCUUUUGGGCCCUGCCAAUGGGGUUUUAGAUAAUAUGUUGGAAACAGGGAAGUCGCAUCUAGAGAUUUUGGAUGCGAUUGUUGUGAGCAGCAGGGAGUCUAGUGGGAAGGACUGUGUGGUUUUUGGGAUCCUGAUCAAUGCUUAUAAGAAAAGGGGGCUGUUGGAUCAAGCUGUUGAUGUUUUCUUAGGUGCAAUAGGCAAUGGUUUUGUAGUUGAUUUGAUGUGCUGCAACACGCUUCUGAAGGAUUUGCUUAAAUUUAAUAAAUUAAAUUUGUUUUGGAAAGUUUACGAGGGGAUGUUAGAUGCUAAAGUAGCGCCUGAUGUUUACACUUACACAAAUGUGAUCAAUGCACAUUGUAGAGAAGGGAAUGUUAAAGAAGGCAGACGUUUGCUCUCAGAAAUGGAAGAGAAGGGUUGCAAUCCUAAUUUGGUUACUUAUAAUGUGAUCAUUGGUGGGUUAUGUAAAGCGGGGAAUUUUGAUGAAGCUUUAGAAUUAAAGCAGAAAAUGGCUAAUAAGGGUUUGGUUCCAGACAGCUACACUUUCACUAGUCUUAUUGAUGGGUACUGUAAACUGAAGAGAUCAGCUGAGGCAGCAUUGGUGUUAGAGGGGAUGUAUAGCUUGGGUUUAAAGCCUGACCUUAUUUGUUACACCGCAUUGAUUGACGGGCUAACCAAAGAAGGUAAACUGGGAGAAGCUAUUCAAUUGAAACAGGACAUGUGUACUCGAGGAAUUCGGCCAAACUUUUUGACAUAUAAUAUGCUCCUCAGUGGAAUGUGUAGAGCUGGGGAGAUGGAGAAGGCAGAAACCCUUUUCAGUGAAAUGCUCGCUGUUGGCCUCAAACCAAAUGCACACACUUACGGUUUUCUAGUUGAUGGGUACUGCAAGCUGCAGAAUGUAGUAAAAGCUUGUGAUUUACUGGUUGAGAUGAAGAAGAGGAAUUUGAUUCCCACAUCUUACACAUGUGGUUUGAUCAUGAAUGGCCUUUGCCACAUUGGAGAUCUAACAGGAGCCACAAAAUUGUUCGAGGAAAUGAUUUCUUGGAGUGUGAAACCAAAUCUUAUGUUCUACUCAACUCUGAUCAAAGGUAAUGUUCAGAAAGGAAGAUCUCAGGAGGCUAUAGAAAUUUUCAAGGUGAUGAAGCAGAAAGGACCAGCACCCGACCUCUUCUGCUAUAAUAUGGUGAUAAUUGGCCUUUGCAAGGCCAAUAAGAUGGAUGAAGCUAAGAUUUACUUGGUCGAUAUGAUCGAGAGGGGAAUAAAGCCAAAUAUAUAUACUUAUGGAUCUUUCAUCCAUGCACACUGCAGAGCAGGGGAAACACAUGCUGCACAAAAGUGUUUUGCAGAGAUGCUUCGUUAUGGUAUAGAACCUAAUGACGUUGUAUAUACUGCCCUCAUUAACGGCCAUUGCAAGGAUGGUGACACUGCACAAGCAUUCUCAACUUUUAGAUCUAUGCUCGAGAAAGGGAUAUUACCUGACAAUCAAACUUACAGUGUGUUCAUCCAAGGUCUUUCUACAUACGGGAAACUUGAAGAAGCAAUGCAAGUUUUUUCUGAAUUGACUGAAAGAAAGUUGGAACCUGAUGUCUUUUCUUACAACUCUCUUAUUUCUGGCUUCUGUAAGCAACAUGAUAUAGAAAAGGCUCUCGAGCUCCAUGAUGAGAUGUGUCAAAGAGAUGUUAGUCCAAAUAUUGUAACUUACAAUGCACUAGUAAGUGGACUUUGCAAGGCCGGGGAAGUUGACAAAGCUAGGGAACUCUUUGAUGAAAUUCAAAAGAAGGGUCUGUUUCGCAAUAGUGUUACUUAUGCUACAAUGAUUGAUGGAUACUGCAAAUCUGGGAGUUUAAAUAAAGCAUUUCAGCUUUUGGAGCAGAUGCCAGCUGAAGGGGUUCAUCCUGAUAGCUAUGUUUAUUGUGCUGUGAUUGAUGGAUGCUGCAAAGCCGGAAACAUGGAGAAAGCUCUAUCUUUGUUCUUAGAAAUGGUGCAUAAGGGAGUUCACUCUACACAUGCUUUGAAUGCUCUGGUUGACGGCUUCUGCAAGUUAGGAAUGCUGAGCGAAGCUAACCAACUGUUGGAGGAUACAGCAUGUAAGAAGAUUGUGCCAAAUGAAGUGACAUAUACUAUUCUGAUUGAUUAUCAUUGCAAGAGUGGAAUGAUGAAACAGGCAGAACAACUGUUUCUGGAGAUGCAAAACAAGAAUCUGUUGCCAAAUAUUUUAACAUACACCACACUCUUACACGGUUAUGAGAGUGCAGGGAGAAGAGAAGCAAUGUUUGUUGUCUUUGAUGAGAUGGUUGCCAAAAACAUUGAGCCUGAUGAGGUCCUAUGGAAGCUGAUUAUUGAUACUUGCUUGAAAGAAUGUAACCUCUUGAAGGCUUUGAAGUUGAUAGAUCAGAUGACACUUAAGGGUGCAAAAGUAUGUAAAAACAUAUAUGUUUUGCUGAUUGAUUCCGUAUGUGAAGCAAAUGGUUUCCUUAAAGACUUUAAGUUGCUUGAUGAAGCCAACACUGGAGGAUCUAGGCUUAGCACUGGCACCUGUAGGUCUCUCAUCCAUGGUCUUUAUAGAGCAGGAAAGAUAGAGGAAGCAAAGAGCUUUUUAGAUGACGUUGUUAGGUUGAAAUGGGUUGAGAAUUCCACACUGCUCGAGGACAUUAUCAAUCCAGACCGAGUUAGCACUUCCUGUGAUGGCAAGGUUGAUGAUUCAAAGCCAGGAGAGUUGGGAGUUGCUUAG